UCAGUAUCGGGUGCAGAGCUGUGGCACGAGAGAGGAGAUUCAUUGCAGAGUGCUGCUGCUGUCGAGCCAGGGCCAUGCGUGACAAUCAUUCGUGCCGGCUCUUACGACGCCAGCAACAACAAGUUCCAGGACAUCAUGCAGCUGGGCUCCAUGAUCGGGGAGAUCAUGAGGAUCGAGGACGAGAUAGAGAACUAGAGAAUCAUCAAAUUCUCGACCUAUGCGGGCAUACACUUUAUCAAUGUGCCCUCGGUCUUUGAAACGGGCUCAUUAAGAUCCUUCUUUCCCACCAAGAUCAAGAGUCGUGUAACUUUCGAAUACUACGAGGAUUACCAUUGACUACUCCCGAGUUCCUUGCC